AUGUCUAGUUCAGUGUAUCCAACAUUAUUCAAUAACAGAAAAGAACCAAUACCAGAACAAAAUGAAAAUGAAGUGUUAAAUAUGAUAUAUAAGAAAGCAGAAGAAAUAUUGUAUUUACAACAAGAAUUUAUUAACUCAAAAAAAAACCAACUUCAAUCCCUAGAAAAACAAUUAGAAGAAAAUAAAUUAAAACAACAAGAAACUACUGACUCAAUUAGAAAAAGUUUAGAAUGGCAAAGAAAAUCUAAUGAAAAUUUAGAACUUAAGACCAAAUUAGGAGAUGCAGUAAGUUAUGAAAUUAAUCAAAAGAAACUUUUUAAAACAAAACUUGAAAUAAAAGAGAAAGAUUUAAAUAAAGAAUAUCAAAAAUAUCAGUAUGAGAUAUCUAGAUUUAAUCAACAAUUGAUAAAACACUUUUGUAUUAUGAGAGAACUCAGUCUAAUUUCUUUUAUUAGUUGUAAAAGAUCAUUAUAUACUGAAUCUAUAGAAAUUUUUUAUGAAAAAAAUUAUAUCGAACAAUCAAGUAAUGAAAAUGCAAUGUCUGAUGAAUCUCAUAAACCUUGUUUUGAGAAAAGAUUAUUUGAAACGUGUAAAUCAUCAAAUAAAAGUAAUCCUUCAAAAAAAGUUGAAGUAACUAAUCAAUUAACUCAACCUUCAUUUCAAAAGAAAAAAUUUGAAAUUCCUCAUUCAUCAUCAAAUAAAGCUUCUCCUCCAAUUCCACUAAAGCAAACAAAUAAAUCAAAUCAUCCUCCUCUUCCACCUAAAGUGAGAGUGUCUAAUCAAGAAAGAGAAUUAACACCAUUGCAAAAAGAAAUUAUAAAAAAGAACACUACUACUUUAGAUAAAAUUGUUAAUGUUUUUAGUGAAGACACUAUCCGUAAAGGGUUAAAAAUUUAUACUGAUGUCUCUAAACAAGUCAAUGAUACCGGAGCAACUCCCUAUGUUAGAACAGUUACUCACACUAUUGGCAAAGUAACUGAUGUAGCAAAAGAGAUUCCUAUAAUUAGAAGAGUAGCAAAACCAUUACACUAUUGUGUUAAAACACUUGAAGGAGGUAGUAUUGCUUUGCAACAUGAGCAAGAUGUAAAUGAAUAUUUAGAUAAUUAUAUUGCUGAAUAUAGGAAAAUUGAAUCUGGAGGGGGUACUGCUUAUGCAAUCUCUCAAACAACAAUUAAGACGACAUGUAGUGUUUGUGAAAAUAUAUUAUUUCCAAUGUUUGUUCCAUUCUAUGAUUAA